AUGAUAUCCAGUAGCUCAGAGAUCUGCAAGGACUUCAUCCAAAUGAAGCAGGAUGACAAGUUCUACUCGACGCUGAUCUCCAGGGAGAGCUCUUCAGCUAAUCCUUCCUUGGGAGUGUACUAUGGAGAUGCUAAAGGAGCUGUGCCUUUCUUGUGGGAGUCUCAGCCUGGAACACCCAAGAACACAAUCUCCAACACCACCCUCCCUCCUCUCACGCCACCGCCCUCCUCCUUCCCCAGCCCCAGGCACGAUGGCUGCAAGAAGUCCACCAAGACCAGCCUCAUCCACACCCUACUGCCCAAGCUCACCUUGAAGGUGUUCCGCAAGCCAUCUUCCUCCUCCUCCAAAACUGGUGACGAGGAGUCCCGUUACGAUUCUCCGACCCCGACCUCAUGCUUCAGGGUGCGACAUGGAGCGGCAGCUGCUGAGCUCAAGGAUUCCACUCGCCGGCCAUCACGAACAGUUCCUGCUGUCUGA